CGCGGAUAGCAACCACACGGUCUAUUUUGGACCGCUCUCUGUGGAGACUGGUGCGAAGCGAGCGUUUGCCAACACCCUGCUGUACUACGGUGAUGCGUUGUACCUUUUGCAGGGGAUGGGUAAUGGGAAGACGGAUGGCGUUUUUCUUUUCCGAAUUAUUGAGGAGCUGGGAAAAAUCAAGUCCAUCGUGAGGAAUUGGAUAGAAGUGGACGCCUUCUUCUCCGGGUUGUCUACACCCACGAAUGGUCUUGUGGGGGUUUUGUCCGAUUCAUCCGAUGCCGGCAAGUGGAACGACAUGUACCGCUGCGUGGAUGCAACCGUAUUGGGCGCAAUAAGGAUUGAGGGUGGCUUUAAGUUCACAGGGCAUGGGGCCGGGGGAAUAUGGCCCGUGAACAGCCGGGGAGAUAAUAAACAGUACACCUUUGUGGAUUCCACCUUCACUCUUGUGGCGACGGUGGUCAUCGAAAAGAUGCCUCCGGGCGGCAGUAGCGUUCCUCUGCUGGGUGCGAUGCUGGAGGAUGGAAUGGGCACGAAGUUCCUUGGGCUGGCUUGCGCUGAGAACAGGAUGUGGGAAACAGUGUUUGAUGAGCAAACGGGGCAGGGCGACUUUUGGGUGCCGAAAAAAGAAUACCAGGUGGCACUCAUGCUAAAUGGGAACGAGGGCUAUUUUUACUUGGACGCAGAGCUUCUGGGGACCUCGGAUACGAUGCGAAGACGUGAAGAACGGGCAUACGAUGUUUUGGGCUUUUAUUUUGGGGGAGACGAAAGUGGCCGGGACAGCAGCGCAUUAGUGAAGAACGUCUUUUUGUACAACCGCAAGUUGACUCCCGAUGAACUGAAAAUGGUCAAGAAGACUGGCUCUCCCAAGCAUGAGAGUUCGUCGUCGGAGGCGAGCGGAUCUGACUCCUCUGCGCACGAGUGUGUUUAUUUUGUGCCUCUGGUGUCGCUGGGGCUAUGGGCCCUUGCGCUUUUUUAUGGAGUGUAG